UUUUGUCAGAAGGCAGCCGCUAUGCUGCAGAUCGGCGCCGCUAUCGACGUGGCUAUUUUUGCAGACGCCGUGGACCUCCUCGAAGUGGUGGUGAGGGAGAAAUCAAGGAUGGGGUCACAGAAGGAAGACAACUUAAUCAACAAGUCCAUAGGAAUCCUACCUAUCGUCCCCGCUAUCACAGAGGGCCCCCACUUCCAUGUCCUGCCCCAGUGACUGGAGAGGCUGAAAACAAAGAGAACCACCAUGAGGCCAAUGUUAUGAGUCAGCAGCCACUUUGCCGUGGGUAUAGGCGCCCAUACAACUACCGGCACAGACCUCAUCCACCCAAUGCUCCAGCUCUUAAUGGGAAGGAGACAAAGGUGAGUGAAACACCUGCUGAAAAUCCUGCUCCAGUGACUGAGCAGAGUGGUUUUGAGAAAUGUCCAGCUCCCCAGGCACCUUAA